AUGGCUCGGGCCUGCACAGCGUGCAUGGAAUUCAAUACCACAGAGGGGAGCUUGCACGCAAGCAAGGAACUCAACAGGGAGUUCGAUGCUUGGGACUUGGCUCUGGUAGGAGCCAUGGGGACGCAUCAGAAGCACGUGUCUUUUCAGGAGGAUGUGAUCGAGGAGAGUGGUUUCCUCACUUCUUCCACGCGCAAUGAUGCACCGUCCCGGGAAGCUUCCUUCGCAGAGAAGCAGGGGAUGUUCAAGGAGUCGAAGCAGGAUGCCAGGAUCCAAGAGCAGCACAAGAGGAGACAAAGGGCGAGCGUGAUGCUCUUGAAGUUCCUGGAGUCAAAUGGUUUCAAGGACCACGUGAAUUGCAAGAAGUCCUGGUGCUUAGGUUUCAAGUACACCUAUCCCCUGCAUGAGGCCGCAAAGCAGAAUGACAAGGCGGUGGUUGCUUGGCUGCUACGCUUCGGAGCUGACUCAGGGAAAAGGAAUGCUAAGGGCCGAACAGCUUUGGACUUGAUCAAGGACUUGGAGUCUCAUUGCGCGGUACGCCACAUCUUGGAGCGCCCCCAAAUUUCGUGGCAGCUGCGUGGCUUUGGGCAUUUCUUUUCGGAGGUCCAGCGGGUUGACCCACUGGCACAUGGUUGA